GACCAAUCAGAAAUCAGUGUGGCUCUGUGACUAACAGCCAAUCAGAGCUCUCAGAACUCUUCUUGAAAACAUGUCGCCCAUGAAGCUGUGUGUUCCAGGUGAAAGGCUUUGCAGUGUGGAGGACUGCAUCUCUGGAGCAGGCACCUAUCAGCGGCACGGUUCCAUUUACGCCUCGCUGGCCGGCUACGUGCUCAGGAGGAACGAAGGCGAGGAGUUACCGGUGAUUUCUGUAGUUAAAGAGACAGAAGCACAGCUUCUGCCUGACGUCGGAGCCAUCGUCACCUGUAAGGUGACUAGCAUCAACCCCCGGUUUGCUAAAGUGCACAUCCUCUAUGUGGGAUCUACUCCUCUUAAAGACAGGUUCAGAGGAACCAUCAGGAAAGAAGACGUGAGAGCGACAGAAAAGGACAAAGUGGAGACGUAUAAGAGUUUCAGGCCCGGUGACAUCGUCCUCGCUAAAGUGAUCUCACUGGGUGACGUGCAGUCGAACUACCUUCUGACCACGGCGGAGAACGAGCUGGGCGUGGUCGUGGCCCACAGCGAGGCAGGAGUACAGAUGGUCCCCAUCAGCUGGUGUGAGAUGCAGUGUCCUCGAACACACAAUAAAGAGUUCCGCAAGGUGGCGCGAGUGCAGCCGGAGUACCUGCAAGCGUGAAGCAGCACCAGAGCCGACCUUUACCCCCGGAACACACAGCUUCAUCCACACACACACACACACACACACACACAGCUGGAAUUCCUGGAGCCGAUCUUAGCUUAUAAUAAGUUUACUGAGCGUGCAGUCAGACAGCAUCGCUCCGACUCGCUCCUGUUAGCUUCAUCCUCUUCCUCAUGUGCCCCCUCCCCUCACACACAGGCUCUUUCUGCAGUCAUGUUCUUUAUUAUAUUUUUUUAUCCCUUCAGUGUUCUCCAGCUCUCUGUAAUGAACAUGACCUGCUAACCACACGCUCAGAUUUCACUCGUCUGUGUUUGUUUUUAUUCUGAAGUCUUCUGUACUUUUCUACACGGUGUUAUUUCUGUACAUAGAGAAGUGUUAAAUUUACAGCAGCCUGAAUAAAGUGAAGCAGAACUCA